CCGGUAUCCUGAGGAGCGCGCCAACGAAAAUCAGUUGGACAGAGUUGGCCUUCGGGAUAACUCAGCUCCUUCCUUUGCUACUUGUGUGCCUGCCUUUUUUGGAUGGUUUAUUGUUUACUGACCGUUUCUCCUCAACUUUCAUCCUCUUUCAAAGGUGACGGGAUUGGUGCUGUUCUCUUUCUGGAGAGAAAGACAUCCUUGGUCAUCUAAAGCAUUGCACUCUCUUCCUGAGAGAGGCAAUGGCCACAGCAGGGAACGACUCCUUCAUUGCCGAGGGAAUGACUCCGCCACAAAGGAUCCUCUUUCCCCCGGAGAAGAUUUGCAUGGUCUGGCAGCAAAGACAGAGUGCUGGAGCAGGACUCCGCAAUGUGGGCAACACAUGCUUCCUUAAUGCUGUCCUGCAAUGCCUGACAUACACCCCGCCGCUGGCCAACUAUCUGCUCUCCCGGGAGCACAGCCAGGCCUGUCGCCAACAAGGCUUCUGCAUGAUGUGCAUCAUGGAAGCGCAUGUUAACAAGGUCCUGCAUUCCUCAGUCAGUGCCAUCCUGCCUUUGGCUGUUCUCAGGGGUUUCAGACUCAUAGGAGAACAUUUUCAGCUUGGCAGGGAGGAAGAUGCCCAUGACUUCUUAUGCUGUACUGUCAAUGCCAUGCAGAGAGCUUGUCUGAGUGCAAGCAAUGACUUGGACAUAUCAUCCCAAUCUACUACCAUUGUCCAUCAAAUAUUUGGAGGCUUUCUGAGAUCCAGAGUCAUCUGCUUCAGCUGCAAAGCCAUUUCUGAUUCCUAUGAGGCCUUCCUGGAUGUCCCUUUGGAUAUCAAAGCAGCCUCAUCCCUCACUGCAGCUCUGGAGGACUUUGUAACACCUGAGCACCUGGAUGGUGAAAACUGCUUUAAAUGUAGCAAGUGUGAGAAGAAUGUUGCCGCCACUAAGAGGUUCACUGUCCACCGUGCACCCAAGGUUCUCACUGUGUGUCUGAAGAGGUUUGACUGCUUCACUGGUGGGAAGAUCAGCAAGGUUGUAGAGUAUCCGGAGUACUUGGAUCUUCGCCCAUACAUGUCUCAGGCAGAUGGAGAAGCACUCCUCUACUCCUUAUAUGCUGUCCUGGUGCACAGUGGUGUCAGCUGUCAUGGAGGACACUAUUUCUGCUACACAAAGGCCAGCAAUGGAUUGUGGUACCGGAUGGACGAUGAAUCUGUGGAGCUGUGUUCCAUUGACACAGUUCUCAGGCAGCAAGCCUACCUGCUGUUCUAUGCCAGAUGCUCGGAUCUGAGAAUUGGAGAAAGGGCUUCUUCCUCACUGGCACCAUCACAUGCCCCUUCCUUCCUCAGUCAGUGUGCGGCCAGCAGCAAGCAGGCGGGCUCUGUUGGACCACAGGGUCUGACUGGUAGGACUAAGGGCAUGAAGGACACUGGCAGGGAGCGGUCCCGGAGCAGAUCCCCUCUGUGGGGCAGGGAUCUCCGCAGCUGGUCUGUGGACACCACAGACUAUGAUGACUCUUCAGAGAGAAGAACUGGUCCUCCAAGUCGUGACCGUGGUCCUAGGGAUAGCACAGCUGCAAGGCCUUCCAAGAGGAUCUGCCGGUGGGCUCCCGCUCCCAGGGCUGCUCAGGAGCAAACCUUGCUGAGGCAGAGGGAGCCAAGCAGAUCUGUGCGGGGAACUUACAACCUUUGCAGGAAGGACACUGGUAGGGAGCGGUCCCGGAGCAGAUCCCCUCUGUGGGGCAGGGAUCUCCGCAGCUGGUCUGUGGACACCACAGACUAUGAUGACUCUUCAGAGAGAAGAACUGGUCCUCCAAGUCGUGACCGUGGUCCUAGGGAUAGCACAGCUGCAAGGCCUUCCAAGAGGAUCUGCCGGUGGGCUCCCGCUCCCAGGGCUGCUCAGGAGCAAACCUUGCUGAGGCAGAGGGAGCCAAGCAGAUCUGUGCAGGGAACUUACAACCUUCGCAGCCGGUUUGUGCCGUACACAGACUAUGACCGCUCACUGCGGAAGAGAAAGAGGCAGAGAACAAGUCCUCCACGUUGUGACCAAGUCUUAGUGAAUACUGCAGUUCCAGGGCCCUCCAAAGCCAGCUCCAAGCAGGCUCUCAUGCUCCGGGCUGCUCAGGAGCAAACCCGACAGAGGCAGAGAGAGCAGAGAAGAUCAACAUGGCGGGGCUAUGAUCGCCACAGCCAGUUUGGGCAGCACACAGACUACCGCCCUUCAGAGAAGAAGAGGAGGGUUUCCACGCCCCAGAGAUUCACGUCAGACAAGCAUUCAGGGCACUCUGGCAAUGAUGGCGUUGGAUUAUGGCCCUGGCUCAAGCAGAAUGGAAGACUAGCACUGCGUUUAUUAGCCAAGGCAUCCUUGUUUUCGACACGCCUACUCAAACCUGAGUGA